UGUGUUGUCUGUUACUGUUAUUAAAAUCUAAAUAUCGUUUGAGAAGUGACAUAGGAAGCCGCUAUUUUAUUUGGAUCAUAAUUACUGUGGUAUGGAUGGAGCCUAAUACUCCUAGCUCAUCGUCUGCCACCAGAGCCACAAGAUUUAUGAUGGAAGGUGUUGGAGCAAGAGUUAUUAGAGGUCCUGAUUGGAAAUGGGGCAAACAGGAUGGUGGAGAGGGCCAUGUUGGCACUGUGAGAAACUUUGAAUCUCCAGAAGAAGUAGUUGUCGUUUGGGAUAAUGGUACUGCAGCAAAUUACAGAUGUUCAGGAGCUUAUGAUUUACGUAUCUUUGAUAGUGCUCCAACAGGUGUCAAACAUGAGAGCACAAUGUGUGAUACUUGCCGACAAAAGCCAAUUUUUGGAAUAAGGUGGAAAUGUGCUGAAUGCAGUAACUAUGACUUAUGCUCUGUUUGCUAUCAUGGAGAUAAGCAUCACUUGCGGCAUAGAUUUUACCGUAUCAGUGCUCCAGGGGCACAACGCUGUCUUGUUGAGCCUCGGAGAAAGAGCAAAAAACAAGCUGUUAAAGGAAUAUUUCCAGGAGCAAGAGUUGUAAGGGGGGUGGAUUGGCAGUGGGAAGAUCAAGACGGUGGAAAUGGCAGACGGGGUAAAGUAAAUGAGGUACAAGAUUGGUCAGCAGCCAGUCCACGUUCAGCAGCAUAUGUUGUUUGGGACAAUGGAAGCAAAAACCUCUACAGAGUUGGCUUUGAGGGCAUGGCUGAUUUGAAGGUUUUGAAUGAUGUAAAAGGUCAGAAUGUUUAUAAAGAACACUUACCACUCUUGGGAGAAUUGGGCCCUGGUCGUGCAGGGCCUCAUGGGUUACAAGUUGGUGACCAAGUGAAUGUAGACUUAGAUUUGGAAAUAGUUCAAUCAUUACAACAUGGUCAUGGAGGGUGGACAGAUGGCAUGUUUGAAUGUCUCAGUACCACUGGCACUGUCGUCGGAAUAGAUGAGGACCACGACAUUGUGGUCACCUACCCUAGCGGUAAUAGAUGGACCUUUAACCCGGCUGUAUUAACAAAGGUGUGCAGCGGUACGCUGAGCGCGUCGACGUCGGCGGCGAGCGCGGGGGGCGCGGGCGGCGCGGGCGGCGCGUUCGCGGUGGGCGACCUCGUGCAGGUGUGCGCCGACCGCGAGCGCGUCAAGCUGCUGCAGCGCGGACACGGCGAGUGGGCCGAGGCCAUGGCGCCGACGCUCGGCAAAAUUGGUCGCGUGCAGCAAAUAUAUCACGAUAACGAUCUCAAAGUAGAAGUCUGCAACACUUCAUGGACUUACAAUCCGAAUGCGGUCAAUAAAGUGGCGUCAUUCGAUGGCAGCAUUCCAGGGAAUUCAUCAGGCGAUCGUCUGUCAGUCCUAUUGAAAAAAUUAUUUGAAACUCACGUGACGGGAGACGCGAACGAGGAGCUCGUGAAAGCGGCCGCUAACGGCGACGCUGCGCGCUGUGCCGACAUCCUCGCGCGGACGGACGGCGCGCAGGCCGACGUCAACGGCGUCUACGGAGGACACACUGCGCUGCAGGCGGCGGCACAGAAUGGCCACGUGGAAGCGGUCCGCGCACUGGUGGAGGCGGGCGCAGAGGCGGACGCGGAGGACCGCGAUGGCGACCGCGCGGCGCACCACGCGGCCUUCGGGGACGAGUCCGCGGCGCUACGAGUUCUCGCCAGCGCCGGCGCAGACCUCAACGCACGGAACCGCCGCCGACAGACGCCGCUACACAUCGCGGUCAACAAGGGGCACCUGGCCGUAGUGCGCACGCUACUGCAGCUCGGCGUGCACCCGAGCCUUCAGGAUUCUGAAGGAGACACGCCCUUGCACGAUGCUAUAUCGAAGAAGCGCGACGACAUAUUGACUUUACUAUUGGACCACGGGGCUGAUAUGACACUCACGAACAACAACGGAUUUAACGCUCUGCACCACGCUGCGCUUCGAGGCAAUCCAAGCGCCAUGAAGAUAAUGCUCGGCAAGCUGCCUCGUCCGUGGAUAGUCGAUGACGCGAAGGACGACGGAUACACCGCACUGCACCUGGCCGCGUUCAACAACCACGCGGAGGUCGCCGAGUUGCUCGUCCGCGGGGGAGCGCGCCCCGACCUUCAGAACGCGAACCUGCAGACCGCGCUCCACCUCGCCGUAGAGCGACAGCACACGCAGAUCGUCAGACUACUCAUCGCACACGGGGCUAAUCUUAACAUUUGUGAUAAGGACGGAGACACCCCUCUCCACGAGGCGCUCAGACAUCACACUCUGCAGCAAUUGCGACGCUUACAAGACGCUCGAGACCCCUCGUUGCUCAGUGGCAUCGCGCAUGCGCACGACAAGAAGUCUUCUGCAUCUAUCGCGUGUUUCCUUGCCGCACAUGGUGCUGAUCUAACCGUCAAGAAUAAGAAAGGCCAGACACCGUUGGACUUAUGUCCGGAUCCGAAUCUACAAAAAACGCUGACAACAUGCCGCAAAGAAGGUACCGGCAUGCCCAUCGACGGAACACCAGAAACCGAGACUGGCCCCUCACCCGGUGGAAGCGGUACUGCGGCUGCAACGGAAGCUCCCAUCGCAGAGGUCCCGCCCAGUGAUCCCACCGCGGAUGAGUGCCUCGUGUGCUCCGAUGCUAAGCGAGACACACUGUUCCGCCCGUGCGGACACAUCUGCUGCUGUAAUGUCUGCGCUGCAAGAGUGAAAAAGUGCCUAGUGUGUCGCGCGGGCGUGUCGUCCCGCCAGCGCGUGGGCGAGUGCGUGGUGUGCUCGGAGGCGCCGGCCACGGUGGUGUUCCGGCCGUGCGGCGACGUGUGCGCCUGCGCGGCCUGCGCGCCGCUCAUGCGCAAGUGCGUGGAGUGCCGCACGCCGCUGCAGCCGCCGCCCGCCGCGCCCGCCACGCCCGCCGCGACCGCGACCGCCGCCGCCGCCUUGCCACCGCACGGAGCGCUGCCGAAACAGGAACCUUCUGGAAGUGGCGAGGGUGGCAGCAACCUAGCGCUGGUGCAGGUGAACAAAGGGCAGCCGGCGCCCGCGCCCGCCGCGCCACAUCUCUUGAACAACGGCUCUCGCUCCGCGCCCGCGUCCGCCUCCGCCGUCGUCCCCGCCGCCGCCUCAGCUACCGCCUCCGCUCCCGCCGCCGCAGAUGUCCAAAAAUUGCAACAACAGCUACAAGACAUAAAGGAACAGACCAUGUGUCCGAUCUGCCUGGACAGACUGAAGAAUAUGAUAUUCCUGUGCGGACACGGCAUGUGCCAGAUGUGCGGCGACCGGAUCACCGUCUGCCCGAUCUGCCGCAAGCAGGUCGAGAAACGCAUUCUUCUCUACUGAGCGUGGUACCGAGUAUAACAUUUAUCGUUUAGUAACAUUAAAUCAUAUAAAACUACAUAUUGUUGUACCAAAGUUUUAUUAAUUCUAGAUAAGUGUAUGUUUACAUUAUAAUAUGUUAGUAUUAUUAAAUAAUAUAGAAGAAAUUCUUACGAAAGCUUCGCUUUCUAGGUUAUUCGAAGUCUGAAAGUUUAUUUUAAAAUGUAAGAAUCGUAAUAGGAAAAUUUCAUGACUGCCAAAUUUUGAAAAAUUUAUACUGUUAAUAGUUCAAAAUUGAAGAAUUAAAAUUGUCAACACACGUUACGUUUAUACAAACGGCAAUCGAAUCGUACAACAUUUACCCAAUAAAGUAUUGCCAUACCUUUAUUGCCAAGCAUACUGUGUGUUAAUAAACAUGUACGAACUAAAAUAAAAAAUCUACGUUAUGAUAGAGUACUCGCAUUUAAGCACUUAUCAAUUUAUCUUAUUGUGCAUUUACAUGUGCUUAAUCAGUAGUAGUUUCGAAAAUUGCAAAAAAGAAAAAAAAAAUGUUUACCUUGUGUUAAAAGUUAAGUUUUGAUUUAAACUAUUAAUAAAAAUAUAUUUCAGUAGAUAUUUAAUCCUAUGAAAUAAUAUGUUAGUGCCUUAGAGGUAAGAACUUCAAUCGAAAUAAUCAAUGAAUUUGAAGAAUGUAUUGUGUCUGGUUAACGUCUUAACACAUAGAGGCUAAGUGCAACGCACAAGUAACUAUGUAUGUAUUUAUACAGUUUGGAGGUGUUUAUGGUCAAAAAUAAAACAAUACUAGACUACCGUUACAUAGGUAGACCUACAAUGCAGACUUUCGUAAUAAAUACUUCAAAAAUACUAUAAUCUCGUAUAUACAUAUAUUAUUACCUAACGGUCAACAAAAAAUUCUCAUUUUUAUAUUUUAUAUUAUUAAAAUGUAUAUUUAUUUUAUGUUCUUGUUAAUUUUAAGUAAGGUUUAUUCAUGUUUUAUGUGCACAAUGAAUAUAUCUUAAUUACAACAAAAAAAAUUGUUCAGGCAAAAUUUCGGUCCAGGUAGCCAACUAACGUAAGUAAUACUAAAAAAUCUCUCUAUUCCCUUACUUUAAUGGUCAAACUGGACGUCAGUGUGACACAAGCGGAUCGAGACCAACGACUUUACGUAUUGUCCGAGCAAAUUAAAUUAAAAAAAAAACCAGUUAAAAUCAAAUAACUUUCAUUUUUGGACUCGAACCCAAUGCUUUAUCUGGAUCUGCAAAUGAACAAGCUAGAUCAACGAAAAAGUUACGAUAUAAAUAAGUAGAAUUACAUUAACUUAUUCAUGCAUUUUUUACUUUUACUAUAUUUAUGUUCAAUGUAAUGGUUUUCAAAUAUUUUAUGACAAUAUGUAGCACAAUUUAGUCUGUUUGUAUUUUGCGCCAUGUGUACCUGUUGUCCGAAUCCGUUUAAAGGAUGAGGGAACCAGUGUGAUUACCUACGCGAGAGACAGAGAGAGACCUUGUGAUUGGCGCAUUCAAAGAGAAAGGAAUAGUUUUUUCUUCUUCCAAAAAUAAGCCAAUUGCGAUAUAAAAAUAUACAUAGGCUGUAUUAAAGGGAAGGGUACAAUGCCAAAAACCUCUGUUAAAACAUUGACAAAACGCAUCGUCAUAUUUUGAUGAUACUUUGUUAUUUUUUGUUCAAAUAUAUAUCUAAAUAAAGCAAAUAAAGCUUAUUAAUGUUAUAGUUGUUAGUAAUCUCAUAAGUUUACAACUGGUAAGAUAUUUUUCAUUGUACAAUAUUUACAAUACUUUUUGUGCCCAAUCUGUCAACAUCUGUUACAUAUUUAAUUUUAAUUGUUAUGUUAGCUAAUAUUUAUUUAAGUUUUGUAGUGUAUUUAAUUGUUGUACUUAUCAAUUUCUUAUAAUUGGUUAUUAAGAUGACGACUUAGCAAAUGAUACAUUCGAAUUGCAUUUAUUUUUAAUAAAAAAAACAGUGUUACUCUAUGCGAUAUGAUUACUAUUAUGAGGUUGUUUUGUAGACAUUGCUCUAAAUUUCGACCGUUGAUAGAAUUCUGUCCUGGCAACUCCGAUAAAAAUACACAUUAAAUUCUAUGUUAUUUCUUCAACUUACAAUAAAUCUUAUAAUUUUGGGUUGAAUUCAAUUUGAUUUUUUUUUUUUAAUUCAUACGGCUUUAUUGUAAGUUUAUAUCAACUGUUUAUGUUCAGUAGUGUAUUAGUAUCAUAACCAACGGAUAUGGAAGCGUUCUCUCAGCGGCCGAACUUUAACAAUAAAUUAAUUAAGCUACAUACACAAGAUAUACUAACUUAAAUAAAAUGCAUGUAAAUGGUUGGUACCUUUCUAUGUUGUAAAAGUAAGGUUAUAAAAAAAAAGAUGGAGAUGUGUUUUUUUUAUUGAUAUAAAAAUAAUAACUUAACUAUGAAUUCUUAUAGCUUAGAAACACUAAAGAACCUUUACUUACCACUGAAUCUUAUAAAUAGAUUUAUUAUUUUUAAUUUUUAAAAUACCAUUGUAAACAAAUAUAGUAAUACACUUUUUGAUUAAUAAUAUCAAUAAAAAAUCCAAUGAAUUUUGUAUUGUAGCAUACAUAAUGAAAUAUGUCUAUGGAAAGGUCUUGUAGAAAGAUGAAAUUCUUUCCAAAAAUGUAGCUUUUGAUAUUGAUCAAAAAAGUUGAUAUUUGCUUGACAUUUAGUUAUUUUUUAACCUCUAUUUCUUCUCUUAUAAUUAUUUACAAGUAAAUAAUAUAAUUUGCUUUUAACAUCAAGAUAAUUUAAAUUUGAGGAAAUCUAUAGAUUUUGAUCUGAUAGACUCCUCGGGAUAAAUUCAAUUCAAUUUUCUGUAUGAAAAAUCCUAAGAUGUAGGAAUAUUAAAUGUAAGCAAAUAUUUUUUGUUUCAAGCUUCAAGAAUACAAUUAUUAUUUUAGAUGUACUCUUCAUUUAUGUGUCAGUAACAAUAAAUUAAAAACGUUUGAGGAAAAAUUUGAACUAUGUUUACCUAGUAUUUAUUAUUUG